AUCGCGCCUCAAGAAACAAAAGAUUUCCACUGGCGCGAACGGUGAUAAACAAAAAGAAAUGUUUGAGAAAAAAGGGGGUAAUCAUCCCGACGACCUUUUGUCAAAACCUUCACAGACACACAAAGCAUGUGAAAGACAAUCGGGCAACUUUUCAGACUGCUCUGAUAGGUUUCUACUGAAGGAUAAAACUUUCAGCAGGCAAUAUGCACAUUUAUAUGCAGAAAGAUUGUGGGAAGUACGUCCGAAAGUAGAGGCUUCUGCAAGAAAAAAAUGGGGUAAGGAUAUUGUUAUAAGGAAACUACAUGAACUCAAAAGUGAUGAGACCUGUGUUGUAAUUGGGACAUUGUUCAAACACAUGGAGCUGAAACCAAGCAUAUUACAGGAGAUUAGUGAAGAACAUAAUUUGAUGCCACAGCCAGUUAGAACAAAAUAUGUAGAUGAAUCGGACAAACUUUAUUUAGAAGACGAACUACAAAGAAUCAUUCUGAUGGGGGAUCUCGAUGUCCAAACCUCUGUUACAGGUGUUAUAAUAGCAGUAUAUGGUAAAGAACCAGAGGACGACCAAGGGAAGUUCCACGUGGAGAAGUACUGUUUUCAAAUGUUAAGUGACCAGGUCCCAAGGCCAGUUAUACAGAAAGACAAAUAUUUGGUCCUAAUAUCAGGACUAGAAAUAGGCAGCAAUGAAGAGCAGAUCUUUAGCCUUCAGCUGUUCGUUGACAUGGUGACAGGGAUGCUGGGUAAUAGUGAGGAACAGAGUCACUGCGCAGAGAUAUGUAGGGUCAUUGUAGCAGGGAAUUCUUUAAGCUCCAGUACACAAGACAAGGACAGCUUACAGAAGGCAAAAUAUCUGAGCAAGAAAACAGCAGCAGGGAGUGUGGAUGCUGUCAAAACUCUGGAUGAUGUCUUCACACAGCUAGCAAGUUCUGUGGAUGUGGAUUUGAUGCCAGGGGAAUAUGAUCCAGCCAAUUACACCCUGCCUCAGCAGCCACUCCAUAAAUGUAUGUUCCCAGAGGCGUCUCGCUACCCAACUUUCCACACGGUGACUAAUCCGUACGACUUCAAAGUAGAAGGUGUCAGGUUUCUUGGCACCUCUGGUCAAGCGGUUCAGGACAUUGUCAAGUACAGCACCAAUGAGGAGCCACUGGACAUUCUGGAGAAGACCCUUGAGUGGGGCCACCUUGCUCCAACUGCCCCCGAUACUCUUGGAUGUUAUCCAUUUUAUAAGGAGGACCCUUUCAUUAUCAAUGACUGUCCACAUGUUCUUUUUGCUGGAAAUAUGACCAAGUUUGAUUCAAAAGUUUUCAAGGGAUGUGGAGGACAGGAGGUUCUACUGGUCAGUGUCCCCAGGUUCUCCCAGACCUCCACCGCUGUCAUGGUCAACCUCCGCACACAGGACUGUGUCCCUAUGCAGUUUGCAGCACCCUCCAUAAUGGAACCUAACAGAUAACUACACCAAACCUAUUUAUUGUUAUCCGAAUAAACUGUUAUACCAA